CCUAACGCUCUCGGUGUGUCCCUAGAGAGCACAGGCGUGACCUGCAUGCCCCAGGUUGGCUUGGUGGGACCGGCUUCAGUCGCCUUUCCCGUUGUGGCCUCCGGAGAGCCAGUGUCCGUUCCCGACAACUUGCUGAAAAUAUGCAAGGCCAAGCCCGUGAUCUUUAAAGGCCACGGGCACUUCCCUUACCUCUGUGGGAACCUGAACGAUGUCGUUGUGAGCCCUCUCCUGUACACGUGCUACCAGAACUCCCAGUCCAUCUCCAGAGCGUAUGGACAGUAUGGGGCCUCCACGAUACAGCCCAUCUCCGAGGAGAUGCAGCUCCUGCUGACCGUCUACUAUCUCGUCCAGCUGGGAAAAUACCAAGCCCGGAUUCUUUCUGAGAGCCUUCUCACCCCAGCUGAGUACCAGAAAGAAGUCAAUUAUGAGCUGGUUACGGGGAAAGUGGACUCUCUGGGAGCCUUUUUUAGCACCCUCUGUCCAGAGGGCGACAUUGAUAUUUUGCUGGACAAAUUUCAUCAGGAAAAUCAAGGCCAGAUUUCUUCCUCACUUACUGCCUCCUCUGUCACCAAAUCAGCAUCCCUAGAUGUCGGCGGGACACCGGUAUGCACAAGUUACCAUCUGGAGCCUCACCGCAUCCGGCCCUUCCAGCUGGCCGUGGCCCAGAAGCUCCUCUCCCACGUGUGUUCAAUCGCAGAUUCCAGCACCCAAAAUCUGGACUUAGGAUCCUUUGAGAAGGUGGACUUUCUGAUUUGUAUUCCACCCUCAGAAGUGACCUACCAGCAGACCCUGUUCCACGUCUGGCAUUCAGGGGUUCUGCUGGAGCUUGGCUUGGAAAAGGAGCACAUGACCAAGCAGACGGUCGAGCAGUAUGUUUUGAAGCUAGAUGCCCAGGCGCAGACAAAAUUCAAGUCCUUUCUGCAAAACUCCUUUCAGAAUCCGCACACGCUCUUUGUCCUCAUUCACGACCACGCCCACUGGGAUCUAGUGAGUAGCACUGUUCAUGACCUCUACUCCCAGAGUGACCCGUCCGUGGGGUUGGUGGACAGAUUGCUCAACUGCAGGGAGGUGAAGGAGGCCCCCAACGUCGUGAUGCUCCACGUGACCUCCUUCCCGUACGCGCUGCAGACGCAGCACACCCUCAUCAGUCCUUACAACGAGAUACACUGGCCGGCCUCCUACAGUAACGGAGUGGACUUGUAUCCUGAGAAUAAGAAGUACUUCGGGCUGUCCGAGUUCAUCGAGUCCACCCUCUCAGGACACAGCCUCCCCUUGCUGAGAUACGACAGCUCCUUUGAGGCCAUGGUCACCGCAUUGGGAAAAAGGUUCCCCCGCCUGCACAGCGCGGUGAUCAGGACCUUCGUUCUCGUGCAGCACUACACGGCCGCGAUGAUGGCCGUGAGCGGCCUCUCUCAGAUGAAGAACUACACAUCGGUGGAGACGCUGGAGAUCACGCAGAACCUCAUCAACUCCCCGAAGCAGUGCCCCUGCGGCCACGGGCUCAUGGUCCUGCUGCGGGUGCCCUGCUCCCCGCUGGCGGCCGUGGCCUAUGAACGGCUGGCCCACGUGCGGGCGCGGCUGGCCCUGGAGGAGCACUUUGAGAUCAUCCUGGGCAACCCCAGCUCUGGCAUCACCAUCGGGAAGCACUUCUUGAAGCAGCUCAAGAUGUGGCAGAAAAUUGAGGAUGCGGAGUGGCGGCCUCAGACAUACUUGGAGUUGGAGGGCCUGCCCUGCAUCCUGAUCUUCAGCGGGAUGGACCCGCAUGGGGAGUCCUUACCAAGGUCUCUGCGGUACUGUGACCUGCGGCUCAUGGACUCCUCCUGCCUGGUGAGGACAGCAUUGGAGCAGGAGCUGGGCCUGGCUGCUUACUUUGUGAGCAGCGAGGCUCCCCUGGAGAAGGGGGCCCGGAGUGAGGCCUUGGAGAGUGACGCUGAAAAGCUGAGCAGCACAGACAACGAGGAUGAGGAGGUGGUGACGGAAGGCUCCACGUCAGAGAAGAGGAGCCCCGUGAAGCGAGAACGGUCCCGCUCCCAUGACUCCGCGUCCUCAUCCCUCUCCUCUAAGGCAUCCGGCUCAGCACGGUGCGGCGGGUCCCCGGCUCAGGCUCAGCCGGCGGGGCCCUCACGGGGGGACCGGGCCCGAUCGCCUCAGCCCUGCGGCCCCGCGGAGGAGGGCAGGGCCCCGGGAGAGAGACAGCGGCUCCGGGCAGGGCGGGGGCCGCCGUCGGUCAUCAGCGGGCACGGCCCCGGGCUGGCCCCCCAGCCGGACCCCGGCCUCAAGACCGGCCAGUGGAGCAUCCAGGUGUCAGUGCCCUCAUCGUCCUCCUCGGGCUCGUCCUCCUCGUCCGCGAUGCCCGCCGCCGGCCCGCUCGUCCUGCGGGCCGCCCAGUGCUCCAUGACCAAGGCCUGCCGGCGGCCGCCUGUGGUCUUCCUGCCCAAGCUGGUGUACGACAUGGUCACGUCCACCGACGGCAGCGGCCUGCCCAAGGCCGCCUCGCUCCUGCCCUCGCACUCGGUCAUGUGGGCCAGCUCGUUCCGGCCCCUGCUCAGCAAGACCAUGACGUCCACAGAGCAGUCACUGUACUACCGGCAGUGGACGGUGCCCCGGCCCAGCCACAUGGACUACGGCAGCCGCGCCGAGGGCCGCGUGGACGGCUUCCACCCGCGCCGGCUGCUGCUUAGCGGGCCCCCCCAGAUCGGGAAGACAGGCGCCUACCUGCAGUUCCUCAGCAUUUUGUCCAGAAUGCUCAUUCGGCUGACGGAAGUGGAUGUUUACGAUGAAGAAGAGAUCAAUAUCAACCUCAGAGAAGAAUCAGAUUGGCAUUACCUCCAGCUCAGUGACCCCUGGCCGGACCUGGAGCUGUUCAAGAAGUUGCCCUUUGACUACAUUAUUCAUGACCCGAAGUAUGAGGAUGCCAGCCUGAUCUGUUCACACCAUCGGAGCAUAAAGAGCGAAGACAGAGGGACACGCCGGAAGCCAGAGGACCUCUUCGUGCGGCGCCAGACGGCGCGGAUGAGGCUCUCCAAGUACGCGGCAUACAACACGUACCACCACUGCGAGCAGUGCCACCAGUACAUGGGCUUCCACCCCCGCUACCAGCUCUAUGAGUCCACCCUGCACGCCUUUGCCUUCUCUUACUCCAUGCUAGGAGAGGAGAUCCAACUCCACUUCAUCAUCCCCAAGUCCAAGGAGCGCCACUUUGUCUUCAGCCAGCCCGGAGGCCAGCUGGCGAGUAUGCGGCUGCCCCUCGUCACAGACAAGAGUCAUGAAUACAUAAAAAGUCCGACGUUCACUCCCACGACUGGCCGUCACGAGCACGGGCUCUUUAACCUGUACCACGCGAUGGACGGUGCCAGCCAUUUGCACGUGCUAGUUGUCAAGGAGUAUGAAAUGGCGAUUUAUAAGAAAUACUGGCCCAACCACAUCAUGCUGGUACUCCCGAGUAUCUUCAACAGCGCUGGAGUUGGCGCCGCCCAUUUCCUGAUCAAGGAGCUGUGUUACCACAACCUGGAGCUGGAGCGGAACCGUCAGGAGGAGCUGGGGAUCAAGCCGCAGGACAUCUGGCCUUUCAUCGUGAUUUCCGAUGACUCCUGCGUGAUGUGGAACGUGGUGGACGUCGACUGUGGCGGGGAGAGAAGCAGGGAAUUUUCCUGGUCGGAAAGAAAUGUCUCCUUGAAGCACAUCAUGCAGCACAUCGAGGCGUCCCCCAACAUCACUCACUACGCCCUGAUCGGCAUGCGCAAGUGGUCCAGCAAGACUGGGAGCCGCGAGGUGCGCGAGCCCUUCACCCGCUGCCACGUGCACGACUUCAUCGUCCUGAACGUGGACCUGACCCAGAAUGUGCAGUACGGCCAGAACCGGUUCAUGUGUGAUGAUGUGGACUUCAAUCUGCGGGUGCAUAGCGCCGGCCUCCUGCUCUGCCGGUUCAACCGCUUCAGCGUGAUGAAGAAGCAGAUUGCGGUGGGCGGGCACCGGUCCUUCCCCAUCACGUCCAAGGUGUCUGACAGCCCCAUGGCCAUCGUGCCGGCCCAGUACAUCUGUGCCCCCGACAGCAAGCACACGUUCCUCGCGGCCCCUGCGCAGCUCCUGCUGGAGAAGUUCCUGCAGCACCACAGCCACCGCUUCUUCCCGCUGUCCCUGAAGAAUCACGGCCACCCCGUGCUGUCCGUCGACUGCUACCUUAACCUGGGGUCUCAGAUCUCUGUGUGUUACGUGAGCUCCAGGCCCCACUCUUUAAACGUCAGCUGCUCCGACUUCCUGUUCAGUGGACUCCUGCUGUACCUCUGUGACUCUUUUGUGGGAGCUGGCUUUUUGAAAAAGUUUCAUUUUCUGAAAGGUGCCACCUUGUGUGUGAUCUGUCAGGACCGGAGCUCACUCCGCCAGACGGUGGUCCGCCUGGAGCUGGAGGAUGAGUGGCAGUUUCGGCUGCGUGAUGAAUUCCAGACCGCCAAUGCCAAGGAGGACCGACCCCUCUUCCUUCUCACCGGACGACACCUCUGAGGGAGACACGCCUGAGGGCGGGGCCUUCAGAACCUCAGGCUGCCGAGGCUAAAGGAAGAAUAGGAACCACGGAGUGUCUGGACUGGGACGGGACCCAGAGGUGUCUGUUGGCCGCCCCCUCAUGGUAGGUGCCAGGGAACCGAGGCCCCGAGAUGGACCGAGACUUACUGAGACCAGCGGGGAUGGGUGGACGGUGCACAGGAACUCAAACCAAAGGCCCCUAGGUUCCGGGGCAGACCCCACUGCCCUGGCCUGUGUCGAAGUCCGUCAUAUGAAGAACAAAGUUUUGCCUGCUGUCGCAUCAUCCACUUGCUUCCAUGGACAGACUUGACUUUUCUCUUAGCUCUGAAGGAUCCCCCUUGGCUUAUCUUGUACAGGUGCCAGCAUUUCAGAUGAUGGAUGUGAUGUUGGCUGUGUAGGUUUCUCUAUAACCUACUACAGAGCAAUAUUCCAAAAGAACCUUUUAACUGUAAAGGCUGGAGACAAGAAAAAAUGAAGUAGCUUCACUUAAUAAGAAUUAUGUAAGUUUACUCUUUUAGAAGCUAGCCCAAAGGCAUCAACUUUAAUAAAGUAAAACAAAUAGUUUCACUUCAGAGCAAAUACGAGUCUAUUAAAAUAGUAUAGGGUAAAUACCCUACCUCUUAGAAAGGGCAAAAGUGAAAAGAAACUUUUUUAAAAACUACGGGGGUUUCAGGAAGGAAAUUAGGGUUACAGAGAUUGACCUUGAGAAAUAGAAUUUGCCUUACAAAGGAAAGAGGACCAAAUGGCUUACCUGAAACAAGCAAUGAGAACAGCUAAAGCGAUGCAGAAAAUAGUUGGUAAGAACUAGACUUCUGACUCUAAUUUAUUGAAGCUGCUUUUAGUUCCUUGAGUCGCUUGUCUUCUCUUACGAAUGUUUGGUCCCUGACAGGAGAGGAAGGGGGACAGACAAGGCAGCAGCGAUGUUCUGUGACGCGCCCACACUCUCGCUUGUGCUGGGAUGUUUUUUAAACCACCGUGUUAGAGGGCCCCCUAGAGGCUGGGCCUUGGGCCAGGUGCUUUCACUGUUACGAUCUUGCUUAACCCUUCCAGCCGCCCAUGUGCGUGGAAUUAUUCUUCCCAUUUCAAAGAUGAGACAGUUGAGAUGUAGAGAGCGCGUCUCACCAAGAUCACACAGCCGGAGAGAAGCAGAAGCAGACGCUGGGGUCCAUCUCCCCACCACACUGCUUAUGGAGUGGCCCGUAACCAAAGGAAGAGUUUAAGGGUCGUCCGAAAUGAAAUCAGCAGAAUGCACUCUCAUCCAUCCAUCUUAGACGUCUAAAGCACUCUAAUGGAUAGCAAUCCGAGAAGAAAUUCUUUUCAAAGAUGAUGCCGAAGAGUUAAUGUCAAUCUUUUCCUCCCUAAGAAAAAAAAGUCCAUGAGUAUAAAAGAUUUAGAUCAGUGUUUCUAAAAUGAUCUCUUUGUAUAUGUCAUUAUUCCUAUCUUGGAAUAAAAACUUCCCUUCUUUAGUUCUACUUGUCUUUUAUAAAUGGUGGCUUCUGGCAAGCUUCUGGGCUGCUUUCUCCAUUUUAUUGGUUAAUUUAAACUCGGGGGAAAAAAACUAACGGGUAUUUGUAUUUGCUCCAGCCUUAUAAAUAGAAUUUGUGACGCAUGUAUUGUGUCUUUGCUGGGAAUGAGUUGCAUCGUUUUGGGAGGAAGUAGUGUGGCCAGUGGUCCUGGGGGGCUAAUACCUGCUUAAAAUCUCAGUGGUUGACAGAGGACAGUUUUGGAAAGGAAAGAAGAACAAAUCCAUAAAAAUAAGGGUAUAUUAAGAUGUGGAGGAAUCCCCGAAAGAGAAAGAACAGGUAGAAAUGGAAGAAACAAUGGCCCAAAGCGUGCAGAGAAGCCUGCCGCACAGGAGGAUGGUUUCCUCCUGUGCCCUGAGCUUCCGAGUGACUAAAGAAGCAGGCAGGGGGCCUGGGCGUUUGGUAGGGUCGUUCACAGGGGAAGUCCGCUUGGAGCAGCCAGGCUCUUUGGUGCCUCCCAGCCCUCCCUGCUGUGCCCUCCACCCCGCAGCCAACCUGGGCUGAGCAGCGGAUUGGUUGAGGCUCGGGCCCGGAGUGUGGAGCCCCAAGCAGGGGGCGGGUCCUUUGUGAAGACAAGCUGUCGGCACCCCAUCGCCACCGCAGUGUCCUGUCCCCACAGUCACUUGAGGCAGUAAAUAGCAAACAGGAGCUCCCUAAGUACGGAAAUAAACACACAACUAAAACUCAUAGCAAAAAUACAGGAAAUGUUAUAGAGGGAGCGGUGAUAAGCACCAUGAAGAGUCAAUACAGCAGAUGGAAUCCCAUCAAAAAAGUGUAGUUAAAUUCAGGGAAAAAGAAUAUAUUGCAUCCAGAACAAAAAAAGAUCAGGUACAGAUCUUGGAAAUUCAAACCUCAGUAGGCGGAUGAAAUAGACCAGCUCAAGAGUGAAAGAGACAGCUGGAAGGUGCAGUUGAGAAAGUCUCUCAGAAGGCGAUACAAAGGGAUGUUCCUGACCUCUGCUGACCCUUAACCUCCCCCUUUGCCUACUGCAUGUCAGCUGCCUGGCCCUCCUGGACCACACUGGCCACUGCCAGGCCAGCACCCGCCUCUGCCCAGAACGCUCCUCCCCCUCACGGCUGCUUGGGUCCCUCCCUCGCUUCCGCUGGGUCCUUACUACUCAAAGGCCACCUCCUCAAUGAGGUCAUCCCUGAUUGAGAGUACCUACUAACAGAACACGGUUUGUUUAGCUGUCUUUUGGUUUUUUGGUCUUUCCCCACAAAAGCAGGAGUUUUAUGAGACAGUUCCACUGCUCUGUUCCCAGAGCCUUGAUUAUGCCCAGCAAACUCUAGGGACCGUGAGAUGCCCAUUGAAUGAGCGAAUGAAUCUCUUCUAUCUUAGCUGAUCCCAACAUGGGAGCUGGGGGUGGGAGUGGUCGGUGAUGGAGGAACUGAUAAAAUGAGUGAAAUUGAGCAAAAAUUCUUGGUUUAAUGGGGCAGAAGUGAUUAACAUGUUAAUAGAAAAGGAAUAUUUAAAUAUAUGUGUUAAAAAUUUUUAGAGAAGCUGCUAGAAGGAAAAAACAGGGUGUCCAAUAUCUAAAACAUUAAAGGGAAAGGUAGCACUGACAAAAUCAGUGUAUGUAUGAGGUAAAAGCAGGCUGGGGAGGGGAUAAACAGCAAGAAAGCUUGGUAAAUAGGAUACACAUCCAAACCUAUCAAUAAUCAAAAUAACUAUAAAUGAAUUAAAGUCACCUAACAACAGAUUGAGGCUCUCAGAUUGGGUCAAGAAAGCUAAUCAGACUAGGACUCCAUGUUUAAAAAUUAAAUAGGCAACAAGAUAUUUUAAGUUAAAGUUCAAAAUCCUACCCAGAGGGAUGAGACUGUCCCAACACGUUGUAGAUAUGCCAACAUUGCUAUGAAAUAUAAAGAAUUGUGAGAAAUACGAGAAGAUGGGUAAAUUGUGUAGUCAUAAAUGGAGACUAGUAUGUCUCUCACAGAAGGAGACAAGACCCACAGAAAUGAGAGUUGGUUGACACAGUAAUAUGUUUGGUCUAAAGUAAUUAACCUUCAAAGAGGAGAGAAUUCUUGUGUAAUAAAAAUUCCAGAAAAUGUACUGGAACUAGAUAGCAGUGAGGGUUGCAUAACAUAGUGAAUGUGCUAAAUGUCACUAAUGGCCAAUUUUAUGUGUAUUUUACCACCAUAAAAUAAAAACUCUCCCAGAACAUUGGGAAAUACGGAAUCCUGUACUUCUGAAAGGACAGAUAUAACAGUCACCCCAAAACCAGAUAAGAAUAAUAAGUACACACCAAAAAACUGAUUCUUUUUUUCCUGAA